UGAUAAUAUGCCAAAUCCAAACUUGUUCAUGUCAUUCAGUUUCAAGUCGCCACAUCUCGGAGAAUCCCAACAGGCAGUCAAUGGUGCAGUCAAUGAUUCAACAGUCAAACCGUCCCUGCCCAUUAUGCCCCUAGUUCAAAUUUCCGAUUACUAUGACGCAAAGGGUUAUUUCCGUCAAAACGAACUCAAAACCUCCAGGUCGAGCGCCAAAUAGCAGCAGCCACCCACCAUUUUGAAACUUAAGUCAACAUAACGAACUCUGAAACUGAACCCAUUUACGAAUUACGAUCGUCUUCGUUUUUCUGCAUGCAAAGAUUUUGAGAACUGUAAAAUCUUGAAUCCCUUAAUCGGAAGCUGGAAAAAUGUCGCCACCGAUUCUAGAAGCUUUCAAGAAGAGGAAGAAAACUCCCAAGUUCUUCGGCCUCCACAGUUUUGCAGAGGCGGGGUACCCCAUUUUCCCCACCGGCCCAUUUGUCGACAACAUCCGAUUCUUCCUUCAAGAAUGCGCCGAGCUUGAGGAUUACGAAGUUGAAAGAAUGCCCAUCUGGAUUACAUUUCUGGUCCAUGAAAGCAGGGGUUUUGCAGCUCCUCUCUACACCAUUGAAGAGACCGUCAAUCGCUCGUCCCACCAAGUCUGCAACCACUGCCGAUAUGCCGGUUGGAGCCAACAUUUAGUGUCGAAAAGGAAGUAUCAUUUUAUAAUUCCUAUCGAUGAUGAAUGGAAUCAGCCGCUGACUGAAGGUGUUCUGGAUCUUCAAACCCAUCUCCUUCACGGGAUGAUCCACUGUAAUGGGUUUGGCCAUUUGCUCUGCGUUAAUGGAAUAGAAGGCGGGUCAAAAUUCCUGUGUGGUAGAGAAAUAAUGGACUUAUGGGAUCGUAUCUGUACUAAUCUUCAAGCUCGCAACAUUUCUGUUGAGGAUCUGUCUAAGAAACACUCGAUGGAUCUGAGGCUACUCUACGGUGUUGCAUACGGUCACUCGUGGUUCGGGAGAUGGGGAUACAGAUUUGGGCGUGGAUGUUUCGGAGUGAUGGAGCAUGAUUAUGAAAGAGCAAUACAAACCCUGAGCUCCUUAGAGCUUGAUCAUGUUGUUGAUGAUUUCAAUCUCUCCAGAAAUGGUGUUGAGAUUAGGCAAAUAAUUUUAUCUUACAGAAACCUCAGUCGAACUCAGCUGUCCACUCUUCGGGAUCUAUUCAGAUUCAUGCUCUCUCUCAAGUCAAAAGCUCCAGCCCUUCCAACAGUAAGACCGUGUUCUUCAAAGCGCUUGAUCAGGACCACUAUUCCGAGUAAGCCUUUGGGGAAGGACCGAUCAGGUAGGUGCAGAAAGUUUGUGAAUCUCGCGGCAUGUAUGGAUAGCAGAUGGCCGUUGAGAAGGCUGGAAUUCACAGCUAAUGUGAUUGUCGAUGCAUUGAAAGAGAAGAAACAAGAGAAUAAUAAAUCGGGCAGUUAUGGGAUGACUAGGCAAGAGGUACGAGAUGCUGCACGUGUCCACAUUGGGGAUACCGGGCUGAUUGAUCAUGUUCUCAAGUCAAUGAAUAAUGUGAUUGUUGGUAGCUAUGUUGUGCACCGUGCUGUGAAUAGAGCCACGAGGGUGCUGGAGUACACGCUCCAAGAACUCAAGAAUCGCGAUCAGACUGAUCAGGAAAGAGUUCUAGUUCCUGAGCCGGAUAAACCGGCUUCACUUACUGCAGUGCCUCCGGUUGAUGUUUUUGGAGAUGUUUUUUGUCUCUACUCUAACGUACUCUUGGGCUAUAAAGAAUCCGACGUUGUAAGCCUUGCUGCUCAAACUAUUCUCGAUACCAAGCAUUUCGUGAAGGAAUGGCCUUUCAGAGAUGAGCUCGACGACUUGCUGAGAUUCAUUUGCAUAGUAGUGCCAAGCUCAAUUGACAUGGAAACAGUACUGCCUAAGGGCAUAAUCCCGAAAGAGCACAUUGUGGUUCCUCUGCAUUCAACAAUUGGCGAUCUGAAACUAGCUAUACAGGCUGCAAUGAGGGACACUUACUGUGCCAUGGAGGAAUUUGUAGUGACAGACAUCAAGGGGUUGGAGGGAGUCGGGGACGAUGAAGUAAUUUUUGGCAUCGUUGAGUCCGGUACACAACUUUUCAUGAAGGGUUUGGGGUUGGCUUUUGCGGGUGACCUGAAGUUUGAGGAUAGAGCUCAUAACUGGACAGUCAAGUGCAAGUGCGGGGCUCGAGAUGAUGACGGGGAGAGGAUGAUUUCGUGCGAUGUAUGCGAGAUAUGGCAACAUACUCGGUGUGUUGGGAUUAAGGACGAUAAGGCUGUGCCACCAUUGUUCGUGUGCGAGGUAUGUUGUGGUAGACUCGCUCCAACAAGAACACUCGGUGGGUUUGAACUUGGUUGCCAUGAAACUGCCCUCAUUCCUUGGCAAGUUGAGGCUGAUACUGCACUCUACUUCUGAAUGUACGUUUUACUUGUAUAGCUUUUUAUUCUGCUAUUGUUAGUCCUUUCUUUUUGUGGUCAUCU